AUGAACUAUGUAGACAACCUUCCCGAGAUCGAUCCUACUCAUCAUGAACGACCUUCUACUACUGUCUUUACUUCCCAAACCACCCCUUCAACCAUCUCCACCGCAUUGGCUUCUACUAUAUCCACAGCUAUCGCAACACCCUCUUCUCCAUCUUCUGGUCCCAAUAAUACGAUACCCGUCUAUGAUACAUCCGACAAACGAGUGCGGUACCAGCUUGCAUGCAAUUUCACAACGACUUUUUGCAACAAAGUAUCAACCGCAGUACGAUCUGCAAUCGACGAAUUCACCCGAGUUGUAGACAUCAAGAAUGACCUCAUUAUUAGAGUAACUUACUACAAUUUUUGUGAUAAACGCUGCACAAACAGUACUUUGGCAUGGGGUGCACCAACUUCCCAGUUCACUCUCCCCUUUGAAGAGGGAGCCGAUCUUAACUACGUCUAUCCGCAAGCCCUGGCGAAGCAGUUGGCUCCCUACAGUAAUACAUCGGUAUGGGCCGACUAUGAUGUGGAUAUCGAAAUCAACCAUGAUAUCUACUUGAACGCCGUUGACUAUGAUAAAGCUCGGAGCCACGGUUGGAAUGGCACGGGCGUCCCAGGUCCAGGCAAAUUUUGGUUCCAGAAUGAUACGGCGAUUGGUCCUGAUCAAGUAGAUCUUCGCUAUAUUGUUUUACACGAAUUGUUGCAUGGACUAGGGUUUAUAAGUGCAUGGGCAGCUUAUUUUUGGACGGAUGCAUCACCCUUCCGUUUACUUGUUGAUGGCAUCAUCGACCCUCGUGAUCUUCAGUUGGUGACGCCUGGACCGUAUUGGUUUGUGAAUGAUAACACAGGCCCAACUUUUAUUACCGGCUUUCAACCAACAAUGAUAUUCGACAAGUACCUGGUUAGCUUGGAAACAGAUGAGGAUAACGUCACCAAACCGGUCAAUUUAUCAGAUCUUGGAUUCGACAUGCAAAAUUUCUGCGUUCAGGAUAGUGCGGCGUUUAUUAUCAACUUUGUCAAAGAAUUCAACGCAUCCCCUCAAUCCAUAGACGCUAAUCGACUUUGGAUAUCAAUGACGCAGAAAGAAACGCUCAAGUUUAAAUUCCCGCCAACGACUGUCGCCAACAGUUCCUAUAAUCUCAAUCCUUAUUUGAACCAAACCUACCACAGCAUGACGCUGUUAACUGGAGAAGAUGUCCUCAAUUCGCAGCUAGAACAGCUGGACCGCACCAGUAACCGUCCCGGCAUGUCCAUCUCUCAUGUCGAUGACAGUUAUGCUACGAAACCUGAUUUUCUGAUGACGGCCACUUACAUUACUGGGCAGACGCUUGAAGACCUUGUCGAAGAUACCUACAGUGAUAUACCUGUCAUACGAUAUAACAGCUCACUUGCCAACGGUUCUAUUACAGAGCAUACCUACAAAUCCGCUGUUGGUCCUGGAAUCCUUCGUAUCCUUGACUCAAUGGGAUAUUCUACGGUUUUAACAAAGACCAACUAUACAACGGAAGGCAACGUAAAAUCGCCGAAACCUCGAUCAGUCUGUGAUGACAGCAACAGCAAUCAUGGAUUGAACAAAGUGGCGCCUUCCGCAUCAUCAGACGCGGCAUCAUUGUAUAGUCUCUUAUAUUGUUAUUGUCCUUUGAAAAUCCUGUGGUAUUGGCUGGGUUUGCUCUUGGUGAUCACGCUACCUCUGUUUUAA